AGUCAAGCUGAGGUCAAAUACUCCUUAGCAGGAUCAGUGAAAGAGUGGAAAUUUAUGGCUUUUACUUUUAUCAGUUCACCUAGAUGCACAACUCAGUAUUUCCUCAGCUCUGCAAGAGGCAUGAUGAAAAUUAACUAAAAUUUAUGCCAGAGAGGACAGAUGUAUGUGAUCUCCAAAAAUAGUUCAUUCAAUACAAGGGUAAAGUUACAUGUUAGCAAUCCUGAGUGCUGGUACGGGGGCUAUCCAUGCCAUUUUCACCAUAAGACUCCAAUAAUCUAUAGGGCUCAAGAGGAUGUCUCUCCUUACAGGAUAGUCCUAUCAACCCUGGAAUCAACCCUUUGCAUCCCAUCCAAGGGUAAUCAAGAAGCCACAGCCCCUCCGGAAGCGAUGGCACAGCCCUACCCCCCUGCCCAGUACCCUGCGCCACAGAACGGAAUCCCAGCGGAAUAUGCUCCAGCGCACCCGCACGCUACUCAGGACUAUGCUGGACAGACCACAGUACCAGAGCACGCCAUGACAAUUUACACACCAACACAGACGCAUUCCGACCAGCCUUGCACUGAUGCAAACACACAGUCCUUAACAGGCACAUCUACAGUACCGCAGACAGAUGAAGCCGCACAGACAGAUUCGUCACAGCAGCUACAGUCAUCAGAGACCACAGAGAAACAGCAGCCCAAAAGGUUACAUGUCUCCAACAUUCCCUUCCGAUUCAGAGACCCUGACCUGCGACAAAUGUUUGGGCAAUUUGGAAAAAUUUUAGACGUUGAAAUAAUUUUUAAUGAGCGGGGAUCUAAGGGAUUUGGUUUCGUAACUUUUGAAACCAGUGCUGACGCGGACAGGGCACGGGAGAAAUUAAAUGGAACAAUCGUAGAAGGUCGUAAAAUAGAGGUAAACAAUGCAACUGCAAGAGUAAUGACGAACAAAAAGACCCCCAAUCAAUACACAAAUGGCUGGAAAUUAAAUCCAGUCGUCGGAGCUGUCUAUGGCCCAGAGUUUUAUGCAGUGACUGGUUUUCCAUACCCUGGAGCUGGAGCAGCUGUGGCCUACAGAGGAGCUCAUUUACGGGGGCGAGGUCGCGCUGUUUACAACACCUUCCGCGCUGCACCCCCACCACCACCGAUCCCUACGUAUGGAGCAGUUGUUUACCAGGAUGGGUUUUAUGGGGCAGAAAUUUACGGAGGCUAUGCAGCAUACAGAUAUGCCCAGCCUGCUGCAGCUGCUGCCGCCGCAGCAUACAGUGACAGUUAUGGCAGAGUCUAUGCAGCAGCUGACCCCUACCACCACACUAUUGCACCAGCUGCAACGUACAGCGUUGGGACCAUGAGAUAUACACAGGAAAGCACUGGGAGAAACUACAUCCCCUCACUGACGCCCAAUGUGUGUUUUGUUUAUACCAACCAGAGAGAGUGGGACGGUUCAUCUCAGAGAUAUCUCCAGGAAUGCCGUCAAUGCCAGUCCUUGGUUGGCCUACCAGGCUAGCCUGUACAGAGGAGGUUACAGUCGCUUCACCCCGUACUAGCAAGAGAAACUCAGAGACACACUAAAACCCAGCAGGGCUAGAAACGUCUUCUCAGAAACUGUGGGGGUUUCGGCACGACAUGCAGUAAUGUUUUGUGCUGACACUCUCUGGUUAACAUGAUAUUUUUACCUCAGAUGUUUUUUUUUGUGUUUAUUACAUGUUCUAUCUGUGGUGAUUGCAAUUUUUUUUCUUGAGUUUUGCUCAGUAUAAUCCACUUUGGAAAAUUUCUGAUGUAUAAACCUAAAAGAAAACAACAGGAAACUUGACAGCUAUAUUGUUUCCUUUUGAAAAUUGGCAUCCAACCAGAGAGUUCUCUUGGUUUAGGCCGAUUUUUAAUUUUUGCAAUUUUUUUAAGUGACUCUAUUAGGUUUUCAGGAUGGUCGAUUUUAAAGUUAGUUAAAUGACCAAGAUUCUGUAUGAAAUGGGAUACACAGCUUUAAGGUGAUAGAAAGCAAAACCUACACAGCAUAUAAUUCCUCCUAAUCUAAUACCACUCUAGAUUACUAUAAGAAUCUCUGUCAGCACCAGAUUUCCCAAUAGUCAGUGUGACAAACCUGACUUUAACUCACCACAUGUGUGCCUGGUGGAUUGAAGUGUCAACCAGAACUGUGAUUGAAAUGUGCCCCUCAUAACCAUGAUUGUGUGAAGUGAGCCUUUUAAAAGCCUUCUAUGUUAUUCAUUUUUAAGUCUAGUUUGAUUGAUAGAGGAAGGAAACAGUUUAUUCAGAUAGACAGCCUUGGUCUAACAGUUUCAGUGCAAUAAUAGUAGCUUAACAUAAAUCAAAAGAUAAAAUGCAAUAGGUUUCUCACAUCGUCAUUGCCAAUAAAGCAGAUGAUGUCCAGUUGACAUAGUGAAAUUUUUAUUCAUGCCUCGUCGGUGAAGGCAUUGUGUAAACAUUGCUCACUGUUGCUAAAAGGGUUGGAAAUGAAACCAAGCCACCGAGCUGAUAUUGAAUUGCACUGGUUUUCUAUGGUUCAGCAAAUUUCUUCUAAUAGUAAAUGGUCCAAAAUGGGUGGUCAUGCCACAAUGAAAAGAUAACAAUCAAUUUAAGAGGUACAUCACUAAUGCAUUCAUUUAAGAAAAAAUUAGGAAAUAGGAUAUUUAAAAUAUAGGAUAUAGAUAUUUUCUAAUAAAGGAGGUAACAGCACUUUCCUACCUAGCACUGUUGCACCUUUCUCCAUUCCAUUCCUCUUUUCUGCACUGUUUUGGGCUUAGUGCAAACCUCAUUUAUUCACAUACACUAUUUAUGUCUCCUAAGCUGUCACUUCAUUAAUUGUCAUCACAUUUUCUUAGAUCAUUCUGUUGCUGUGACCAGCACAACCUAACAAAAUAGUCUGACCCUAGCAAUUGACUUUGGUUCAGUUACUGGCUAAAGGCUUUCAAACAUAGAUCUAAAGCAGUUCUCCUGAAAAGAAAUGUAAACAUUCUUUAUUUGGCCAUUCAGUAAAGUUGCGUUUUUAAAGGUGUACCAAUUAUUCAGAAACUGUUCCUGAUAAGUAAUCUAGUACGGCAGUACAUAAUAUAACAAAAUCAUUUACAUUUUCCAGUUUUACAAUUUUCUCAUGAGUCAACAGACAGGAAUUUAUUUGACAUGAAUCUUCAAGAUCAGAAUUAUCAGUCCCCCAUUCACAACUUGCAUUUAUUCAAAUAGCAAUGCCUGAUUUACAGAAAUUUGUUGUAAAUGCAAUUUGCUAAAUGGAAGUCAUUUGUAUGAUAAGCACUUUAUCACCUUAAGAAGAGGUUUCUGGCAUUUCAAAUAGGCAUGUUUACUAAAAAGAACUGUCUAAAAUAUUGGAAGAUGGAAUUAACAGUUUAUAUUUUUUCUUGGUACAAUUAAUGUUGUGAACGCAAGUCUUGUGUACAAUUGUUAGAAAAAUCAUCAUUUUUGAGAAAGGCUAGCAAACAACAAAAUGGAAAAAAAAAUUCUUACCCAUUUGGAAUGUUAUAUCUGCUGGCCUUAAGUAUUGUUUUUAUAUAACAAAUGCAAUUCUUUGAGGUCUCCCUCAAGUACUGAAUGCCCCAGCCUUUUCCUGUGCACAUUUUGAUAUUUUUUAAAAUCAUCUAUUGUCUCCAAGGAAGGUUCCUAAGUGUGAAUUGUGUAUAGAGAUUAGAUUAUUAAGUACAAUAUGAGAUUGGGACUGUGUGAAUGAACCAAAAAAUUGAAAUCACAUUCUAUUUUAUUUCUGGCAUCUCUAAGGAUUAACUGGACCAGAGUAUAUUCUAAAUGUUGUGUAGGUUUCAUAGUGAGAUGAAAGUUGACAUAUUCAGAACUGAGGAGUUACCCUAAGAUCUGUUGUGUUUUGCUUGCUAUACAGGUUUGUUUUAAUGUUAGUGUAGUUUAUUUUAGAUUUGAUUUUCUUAUAUUUUACUGUCAGAAUAUAUUCUGUUACAUUACACUCCAAACCAUUGCAAUAUGGUGUAUUAUAGGUCAACCUGACUCAAGUAUUUAAAACUGAGUAUUUAUUAUGAUUAGUAGCAUAUGAUUGUCUUCGUAUAUGUAGAUUAAAAUGGGUAGGAACAGACUUAGAAAAUUGUAUUCAUCCUUUUAUACACUUUCAAUAUGUGCACAUAAGUAUUCCAUGGAUCAUUUUUAUAUUGCAAAAAAAGAAAAAAUAGCUUUAAAAAGGCACUGUUUAUACUUUUUGGGGAAAAGAAAUAGCUAACAUCUUUAUAAAUGUUUACUUAUGAAAUAUCAUGUGAAUUGUGUGCUGUAGAAAAUAUAUUACAAUAUGUGUUAGCUGUAAAUUCCACUGGAUAGAAUUAAAGUGGGGUUAAAACCGGGGAAACAAUCAACAGAAUUUUGAAUUACCUUCUUAAAACACUCUCUUGACAAAUUUAUUCUACACAUUGGAUCAACUCUUCUGAUUCCAGGCUGUAUUGAUAUUGAUAUUAUUAUGGUAACAUUAUACUGUAAUUAUUUUGACUUUUAAUAAUUUAUUUAUAGCUGUGACUGCAAAUAUACUGUCAUUACUAGGAGCCUAUUGUCUUCACAAGAUUUUGCUUCCUUGGGUAGAAACCUAUUUGGUCUUGCCCACACUUGUAGUUUUUGUGUUUUACCCAGCAUAUUCUUAUAUGCUUUUGAGACUCUCACUAAUCAAUGUUAUAUGGACUUAUUCAUAUAUGGUGUUUAGAGUUAACUCUUCAUUGUUGUUUUUAUUUAAUCAUUUUUCCAAGUUUGAGUUAGUGAAGAUAAUUUUGACAAGCAAGCAAUAUUGGAACUGGUAUACCUAUUCCAGAAAAGGAAAGCCAAGCCCGGAAUAUAGCAAGCAGCCAAUUCACCAUUGUCCAUUUUCUUCUACCACUAAAAGUCAAAUUAAGUCUUACAUUUAUGACAUUUAUGCCCUGACUCUCCCUAUUCUGUGCACACCUGUAAAUAUGUGCACAUAUUAAUGCAUUAUAACUCAAUGACUAUCCGUUUGUACACUGCACAAUGCUAUUUGAAUAUAUAUUUGUUUUACAUGCGGACAGGGCACACUAGCCCAAUGUUCGUGACCAUACCAGAGUUUGACCAUGGGAGGAAUGGACGAAUGGUUACAUUCAUGAGGUAAGUGUCCAUUCCUCUGGGUAUGUUUCAGAAAAGUGUACUCCCCACCCCACCCCCCACCCCCAGCCUCCACGCUGUUAUGUGUGCUCCGCUUUCAAUGGGAGCAAGAACCUCCAACAGAAAACCACAUAAAAUGCCCAGUAAACUCAGCAUACGUCCUCUAUGAAGAAGUCCGACAUAUAAUGAUUAACACAACAGAAGAAAUCUCUUCUGCAGUUUUCCCAGCCAGCUUUAUGGAACCUCUUAUCCAUCUCAACCACCUAUGCGCUACCAGUGUGUGAUGUCAGUAUCUAUGUGAAAAGUAGGCAGAUCUUUUUUGUUUUUCUCAUUUCGAUCAUAGGUUCUAUGAUUGACAAUUGUCAUGCACAGAAAUAUUCCCCAUAAUAUUGUUAUCAAUAUGGCAAUGCCCAGCAUUGUGAGAGGACUCAAUUCACGCACUGUUCAUGUUCUAAACCAUUAAAUGUUAACCAUGUUCUGAACACUGGAGAAUUUUUUAUCACCAAAAAGAAUCAUUUUCUCAUCACAAUGACCUACAAGCAAACAACCCACAAAAAGAUCACAUUAAUAGUUUUUAAAUUGUAAAUAAAAUGGAUCAUAAUAGCUAUGUUAAUAGAUUAAGUUCAUAGAUCAGCUUGAGUGACAGACCAGAGUCAGCUGUGGGCAGAUGUAUCCAAUCAGCUUUAUUGACAGAAAUAUCUGUCAUUCCCAAAUGGCUGACUGUUGGCAAAUUCUCUGUUUAGUAAAGAUGUCGAGCAUCAUAACAUUUAAAUGGUAUUUAUAUUUUGACACAAUAAAACAAUUAAAUGAUUGUCUCACUGCACUCAUUACCACAAUGCAAUAGGAAUUAUGAAAGAUAGCUAAAACACGAUGUUUAUGUUUUGGCCAAUUAUCCAUUCACAUUUGUAAGAUUGUCCACCAAGGGCUAAUGAGACAUGAGGAAUAUUUACCCCAACUUUCACAACUUUCUUUUGCUGAAUUACCAGGUCAUUACGAUGCCAAAAAUGUUCUUUUUUUAGCCCUGCACAUACAUGGUGAUCUGUCAUUGUACAAUGUAAAGUUAUUGUCAUGUGUGUGUCACAGCAGCACACAAUAAAGUUCUUGUCUCUGCAACACUGAAAGAAGAAAAAAACAUCCUAGUGUGUGAUUUAAUUUGUCAAGUACACAAAAUGUAUCUUUCAGAAGCACUACAAAUAGCAAAAGAUGCCAAAAUUGACAGAGAAAGGUAACUGAAAUUUCUGUUGCAUUUCUUGUUUCUCUCUUUCUCAAUCUGGUACAAAAAUAGUUUUUAUCAGGAGCAGAUUUGUACAGAAAUUCAUCAUUAUUGUUGAUAGAGUUAACUAAUGUAAUAAUAAUGUAGGGUCCAUAAUAUUAACCUUAUCUUGUUGGCUUUCCAUUUACAUCUUCAAGCUAUUUUAAAAGAUUUACUGUAUAUGCAUUUCCUAUAAAUAUGUUGAAAUUAGUGUUUGCUUUAAACACUUUCUUGCUAAGCACUUUGAUAAACUACAGUCGCAUCUGUCUGCUGCAAGAUGUUCAAAGGCAACUGCAAUGAAAAGGGGUUACAAAAUACUCCUCUAAUCAUUUGCAAUCUGCAAUUUUUUAAGUAUCUUUAUUUGUCCUUAAUAGCUAGCACUCCCCUUUCAGGGCUUAAUUACCUGCUGUCCUUCCAAUAUGUAAAUCAUUAAAUCUACACAACUGUCUAUAUGCAAAUCAACAGUUGCAAUGUCCUGGCUUUAUUUAUAUUAUUAAAAAUAAUAUAGAAUAUCUCUCUACAUGGAGGACAAUAUAUUGUAGUGUGCUAAAACAAUGUCUGUUUAUGUGUGGGACUAUGGUUCAAAUAAAUCUCAGGCAGAGGUGAGAGGACUAAAAUGUUCCAUUGUUUAAUGAUAGGUGAGUGGUACAGUAAGUUGCCUCUGGGACCUGAUACAAAAUAUAACCAGGCAUAGCUUUUCGGAACAUGAGUGAGUGUGGUCAAUCUCUAAGUAAAUUCCAAUUAUCAUAACUUGAGAAGAGCACAAUUAGUUCUUAAUCAGCAAUCUGUUUCAGAAAUAAUAUAUGACUUGGGUUGAGAUGCACCAAAGGUGAAAUGUAAAUAGAUUGCAAUUCUGCAUCUGAUUUAAGCUUAGUCAUAACUUGAAACUGUUCAGUAAGAUUGCUGAGUAUAAAAGAGAAAAAUAUUUUUGCUUUCCUGUCCCUCAUGUGGAAUAAAAUGUUCAUAUAUACUAUGCUUGAAGCAUUGCUAUAUAUUCAAAAUGAAUCAUUAGUAUAUUCACAACAAAACAUAAGUUGCUGGAAAAGCUCAGCAGG